AUGCCAUUUUUUUAUAAAGAUAAAAGCAAUAACAACCAAAUUUCAUUUAAAGAUAAUAAAAUUAUUUGGCCUUCAUUAACUUUAGGUAAUAUUGGUCAAUUAACAAUAGAUGUUUUAAUAUGUUCAUUUGAAUUCAAAAGAGUUGGAUUUAUUGUAGAUGAGAAUGUUAUACCAAUUGUUGGUAAUGAUUGCUAUACAGUAGACGGUAAUAACAAUAAUAAUAAUAAAGGUGUACUUUCAACUAGUAUUGAGGUCUAUCAAUCUUCUCAAUUUCCAUUGAUCACUUUAGUUCAACAAAGAUCACCAAUUAUUGAUGGAUGUUUCUCAAAAUUCUCAAAGCCAUUAUUAAAUUGGAUAAAAACCGAAGAAUUUAAAGAAAUUAUAUUUAUUUCAAGUAGUAAUGCAAAUAAAAGAGUUGAUUCACAAUUAUUUGGUCCACAAAUUAGAUAUAUUAAAUCAAAUACAACAUCAAAAGAAACAAUUGAUAAAGUUAAUAGUAAUGGUAUCCCAGAAAUGGAACUUGAAAUUCCAUCCAAUGAAUUUGGUGGCGAAUUAAUGCAUCUCAGUAAUAGAUUGACUGGUUUAGCUAAAGAAAUUUAUUUAAAUACAAAUAGCGACUCAUCAAAUGGACCAUCAUUUUUAUGUGUAAAUUUAUUUUGUUCUGAAGGUUAUAAUACUGUUGAAGCUUUACAAAUGGCAUAUCAAAUCUAUAUUUUAAUUAAAAAAGAUAAUGAUGAACCAAAACCAACUUUUAAAACCCCAAAUAGCUGGAAAUUACUUCAAGGUCCAACUUAUGAUCAAUCGCUUUUCUUUUAA